GCACAGACACAUACUUAUACCCGGCAAAACAAAAUACAUAAACUUGCUAUAGAUAGAAGGGAAACACUGAUUGGAAGCACAACUUCUGUCACAAAGAUAUUUGUUAUCGCUUUGUUAUUGUGGUCCUUUAUCGGAGUGACACAAUUUGGAGCUGUUGAUCUUGAGUAGAUCCACUGACAAUUUGUUGCAGCUGAUUCUACUUGUACAGUGUGAAGGAUCUCUCAUUCCUGGCGUUGGGUAACAGGAUAUUGCAUGUUUUCAUGGAUUUAGAGUGAUUGACUGGUGCGGCAGAGACGGCUCAUUGAGGUUUAUCUACGAUAUGAUGCUGAUGACAUGUCAUCACUGGCUUCAGAAACCGCUAAGGAGUAUACAGAUGGAUGCACUAAAUGUCAGGCAGUAGGACGAUCAUACAAGAGUCACUACAACGGUCCUAAUAUUCUUCUUCUUCAUACAACCCGGUCUAUCGUUUGUGCUGGAAAGAAAUCUGGACAACUUUUAGAAAAGAAAAAGAAAACUCUUGAGAGAAUAGGGAAGAUCGUCUCAGCUUGGAGGAACAGCGGAGGGGGUCAUCUUCUGAUCCACGUGGAGGGUCAAAUACCCGAGGACAGGUGUCUGGAACAGUUUGAUGAGUUCAUCACAAGGAGUCUGUCUGAUCUCAUUGAUGACGGAGAGUUAUAUGUAGACACAUACAGGCGACAUUGGCUCUCUGAUUUACAUAAGUUUCAAGGCAAUACUGACUACGUUUUAGUUAAUGUGAAGGAAACAAACGGGAUAGCUACUGUGGAUUUUAACACGAAAGUGAGGAACGAUAUUGAAAACUUACCAGUAACGUCUGUCAGUUUGGCUAAAUGUAUGUUCAACAGACCGAGAAAUACAGAUACCACCAAAACAAAAGGUUUAUGUGAAAAUAUUCAAGAUCUCCAUGAAAGCAGGAAUAUUGAGAUAAAAGGAUUCCAUGUUGGCAACCUGAAGAAUCAAACAGUACAAAAACUUUCCAGAAGUCUUUCAGAUUUUGUUGAUUAUAUAUGGCAUGAUCUCAAACUUAAGGAUAAUCUGACCUCUAUGUCCAAGGUUGAGGGAGGUGGGUCAUACUAUGUUGGGAUAAGUGAGGACACUCUGGACAUUGAGAGUUACAGAACUAAACUUCUUAACAUUGACGGGUUUUGCAUGUCAUUUGAUGAAUCUGAGAUCAUCAGAGCCAUUAAAGCUAAACUUCAAAGUGACACAAUAGCCUUACAGAAGGACACAUUCCGUAGUGUCCCUGACGAUUUGAUUGAAGUGCAGUUACAUCCAUUACCGGGAACUGAGAGACGUGUUCUAGAGAUAGCUGUCCGCUAUUAUGAUGGGAUUAUCUUCAAUGACAAGGACGGACCAAGGGCAUAUGAAGUAAAGGACAACGCCAUACAUCGGAUGGACAAAGCUACCUGGUUAGGGCGUUUUAAAGUAGCAAAUAAAUAAUUCAAGGGACGUUCAACAUGGCAGAUCAGUUGGAGUGUCCCAGCAAGACGAGUGACAGUGACGAGAGUGAUGACUCCAGUGUGCCCAGCAGGUACAGCUCAGAAGGAGACAUUCCUUUACCGACCUAUGAUGUCUUCUCCGACUCGGACGACGCGGUAACAGGUUUAAUGACUUCAGGUUGCAUGCUCCCUUCAAGCAAUCUCUCUAUCACAGAACAAAGAAAUAUUGGGAGGAUACUAUCUGAUGAAGCGAGACAGCCAUUCUUUGGCAUCUUCCCGGCCGUAAUUGAAGGCAUUCUCACGACAGAGUAUGCCUACAUUGUACAGAGGCUGAGAGAGCUACCAGGCAGAGAUCGUACAGUCAUUAUCUCAGCAGGCAGCUUACUGAAGAUGGUAAACCCCUCCUGGGAGGGGCGAGUACCUGCGUCUGUCCUGUGUGAUGUGUGUGUAUUUUCCCCUACACGGCCUGUCUUGGUGCUGACUUUCACAGCUAUGGAUGGGGACAACCAGAAGCACAUUCAAUACAACACCCAUUUGGCGAGAUUGAUCAUACAACAUGUGAAGGAGGAUACAAAGUUUGAUUUCAAUGUUGUACAUGAGACUGUAGACAACAUUGUAUGUCAGGAGAAACAUGGUUUUCUUACGAGGAUCGACCAAUGUGAGAAUUCAGCCAAAAGCAUCUGUUUCCCUGCCGAACUGCACAUGGAUCACGACAAGUGUACUGCCAUUAUACAGUCUUUCCUGAACUACCUGUCUGGUAACGAGUUAACGAGGCGUUCACCAUCUAGGGAGGAUAAAGUUGGUGUGAAGAUCAUUUCCAAACCGGAUGCACUUGAUGAAUUACGACAACACUUACUGUCAGUUGAGGUGGCUCAGGAACACAAGAUCAGCGAAGUCAAUCACCAUCAUGAAAUGAAGCUAUCACAACUGAUGGACCAACAUGCUCAGCAAAAGGACAGAUUGGAGAAAGAAAUAGAAGAAUUCUUUCUGCAGCUUCAGCAGGAAAGAAAAGACAAAACAGUUGAACCACAACGUUUGGACGUUCGUACCAGAACAUCAAGCAAAAUGGACGCCUUCCCGAAGUGUUCUAUAUGUCAGCAGCAGUUUACCCUGAAAAGUCCAGUCCCCUACUUACUGCCCUGUCUACACGCUGUGUGUGAGACGUGUGUGACAUCUGCAGCUGGUGGAGUGAUAUCAUGCUUUACAUGUCAGAGGGAGGUCAACCUCACAGACACAAGUCUCCAGAAGGAUGCAGUCAGACAGAAGGAAAUAUUCCACCUGACAGUCAAACAUCGCCCAACAGAGCUUCUCUGUACAAAUGAAGAUGACGGGAACCAGGCUGUGUGUUGGUGUCAGGAUUGUGAAGAGUUCCUCUGUGAAUACUGCCAGAACAUGCACAGCAGCGUCAAACUUACCAAGAACCAUGUACUUCAAAACUUUGGUGACAUGGGACCGACUGUCUCGAAUAUUCCAUCAUAUUGCGGUAUCCAUAAACACCACCCCCUUUAUCUGUUUGAUAAAAGCUGCAAGAAGUUAAUCUGUGCGAGAUGUAGGAUUGAAGACCACGCAGACCAUGAAGUUGUGGAGCUGGAUGUGGUUGCUGAUACUGUAACAAAACAGCUGGACCAUCAUAAGAAUGAGCUCUCAAAGUUACAGGCUCGCCAGCAAUCACAUAUGCAGAGCCUUAGGCAAGGAAGCGAAUUCACAGACAAAACACACAACACUUUGAAAGAAAGUAUUGGCCACACAUUUCAAUCUCUGAGAUCACAACUUGACCAAAGAGAGAAGGAACUUCUGAUCGAUGUUGAAAGUCAGACGAAGGAGACCAAGUCAACUCUAUAUGCUCGUCUAAACACCUGUGAAGAAGAAUGGAAGACAUGCACUGGGGCUUUAGACUACAUCGCCAAAGUCUUCCUCUAUGCCUCGAAGUCAGACCUCGUGGAGAGUUAUGUAGGGGACAUAACUCGGAACUAUCUAGAAACUGCUGCGCCUCAAACACAUGUCGUACCUUCAGCUGUCUUCAACACCAACAGCUUGUCAACACUGAAAUCAACCAUAUCAGUGUUUGGUGCCAUUUUGCCAAGGGAAGUGGAUGAGGAAUCAGUAAAAGACAAGGAUACUCAAACUGACGAUGACUUUAUGGCAGACUUGGAAAGGAAACACAAAAUGGACCUGACAGAGCUGAAGACGAAAAUUGCUUCAGAUGAGAAACAUAUUGAAAGCCUCAAAACACUUACAGACAAGCUCAGUGUCGAAAUCAGAAGCUUGAAAUCGCGCAUUGAGGAGAAGGAAACCACAGAGAAGACCGCCUCAAACACCAGGGAGGUCUUACUUGGUGUGGCCAGAGAAUGCGGUGUUCAUCUGCUGAAGUCAGAAGUUGUAGACAGAUCAAUGGUGCUGAAGUGUAUACAUCUGAAGUAUGACAAAGACAGAGUCAAUCUCGCCAAAGUCCACAUCAACACAGAAGGAGUCCUGUUCAACAGGAAGUCGGACACCAGACCUGCAGGGGAGGGGAAACUGAAGAAGUACUGGGGCACAUGUAGCACUGCCCCCCUCCCCCGGGCUGGCUGGCCCCAGUACUGGGAGGUGGUGAACAGGGUCAGUCUGGACAAACCACUCACAGUGGAGGCCCUCAUCCUGGAGGUGGGUGUAUGCAGGGAGGAGCAGAGGGACGUGUCUCAUUCUAUCAAUGGAGAACCCAGCUCCUGCAGCAUGGCCGUCACCCACUGUACUACACACGGCGGGAUAUGCAGGAGGACAUGGAAGGAGGAGGAGCAGGUGCUGUGUCUGCCUGACACUCUCCCCAACACAGCAGGGGCAUCACACACACUACAUUACGGUGUUGUCUAUGAUGACGCCAGGAAGAAGAUUGUCUUCAUUGAUGUGAAGGAGAACAAAGUGAUGUCGACAUUAGACAAUGUAGACUCCAGUCAGCCACUGUGGCCGAUGUUCGGGGUGUAUAACCCAUCUCUCCUCACUGUCAGCAUGACACUUGUAGUGGGCAGCGACAUCAACAUGACAGAGGAGAAGAAAGCAAUGAUUGUCAAGGCGCUGUCGUGAUGGUGACAGUGAUUGUCAAGGCGCUGUCGUGAUGGUGACAAUGGUUGUCAAGUGCUGUCGUGAUAGUGACAAUGAUUGUCAAGGCGUAGUCGUGAUGGGGACAAUGAUUGUUAAGGCGUUGUCGUGAUGGUGACAAUGGUUGUCAAGUGCUGUCGUGAUAGUGACAAUGAUUGUCAAGGCGUAGUCGUGAUGGGGACAAUGAUUGUUAAGGCGCUGUCGUGAUGGUGACAAUGGUUAUCAGGGCGUUGUCGUGAUGGAGACAAUAAUUGUUCAGGCCCUGUCGUGAUGGUGACAGUGAUUGUCAAGGGCUGACGUGAAGGUGACAAUGAUUGUUAAGGCGCGGUCGUGAUGGUGACAAUGGUUGUCAAGACGUUGUCGUGAUGGUGACAAUGAUUGUCAAGGGCUGUCGUGAUGGUGACAAUGACUGUCAAGGCGUUGUCGUGAUAGUGACAAUGAUUGUCAAGGCGUUGUCAUGAUGGUGACAAUGGUUGUCAAGGCGUUGCAUGAUGGUGACGAUUGUAAAGGCGUUGUCAUGACGGUGACAAUGAUUGUUAAGGCGCGGUCGUGAUGGUGACAAUGAUUGUCAAGGCGUUGUCAUGAUGGUGACAAUGAUUGUCAAGGGCUGUCAUGAUGGUGACAAUGACUGUCAAGGCGUUGUCGUGAUAGUGACAAUGAUUGUCAAGGCGUUGUCAUGAUGGUGACAAUGGUUGUCAAGGCGUUGCAUGAUGGUGACGAUUGUAAAGGCGUUGUCAUGACGGUGACAAUGAUUGUCAAGGCGCCGUCGUGAUGGUAACAAUGAUUGUCAAGGCGUUGUCGUGGUGGUGACAAUGAUUGUCAAGGCGUUGUCAUGAUGGUGACAAUGAUUUCAAGGGCUGUCGUGAUUGUGACAAUGAUUGUCAAGGCGCUGUCAUGAUGGUGACAAUGAUUGUCAAGGCGCUGUCAUGAUGGGGACAAUGAUUGUCAAGGUGCUGUCGUGAUGGGGACAAUGGUUGUCAAGGCGUUGUCAUGAUGGUGACAAUGAUUGUUCAGGCGCUGUCGUGAUGGUGACAAUGAUCGUCAAGGGCUGUCGUGAUAAUGACAAUGAUUGUCAAUACGCUGUCGUGAUGGUGACAAUGAUUGUUAAUGCGCCGUUGUGAUGGUGACAAUGAUUGUCAAGGCGUUGUCGUGAUGGUGACAAUGGUUGUCAAGGCGUUGUCGUGAUGGUGAUAAUGAUUGCCACGGCGUUGUCAUGAUGGUGACAAUGAUUGUCAAGGGCUGUCGUGAUGGUGACAAUGAUUUUCAAGGCGUUGUCAUGAAGGAAACAAUGAUUGUCAGGGCGUUGUUGUGAUGGUGACAAUGGUUGUCAAAGCAUUGUCGUGAUUGUGACAAUGAUUGUCAAGGCGUUGUCAUGAUGGUGACAAUGAUUGUAAAGGCGCUGUCGUGAUAGUGACAAUAAUUGU